CCGGGCCAUUGCGACCGCUUCGGGGGAAGCGCCCGGCGUUGACAGAGAAUUUGCGUCUUGUUGAGCUUUGCAAAAGGAUUGGCAAAGCAACGGGAUUGACACAAGAAUAGAAGCUGACCUAUCAUCAUCGCGUGUUGUCGCAUAUCCACCUGAUUCUCACCCUUCGCCUUCAUUCUGUUGAUAAGACAUCCUCUCGUAGUCUUGUGUUUGUUCCUUUCUCUCUCUUGAUCUUCCUUCCCAUCGUCUCUCCAAUUCGUAAUACCUAGUCACAUACAAACCGCCAUCAUGUCUCUCUCCAACAAGCUCUCCAUCGAGGACGUCGACCUCAAGGGCAAGCGCGUCCUCAUCCGUGUCGACUUCAACGUCCCCCUUGACGCCGAGAAGAAGGUCACCAACCCCCAGCGCAUCGCCGGUGCCAUUCCCACCAUCAAGUAUGCGCUCGACCAUGGCGCCAAGGCCGUUGUCCUCAUGUCUCACCUUGGCCGUCCCGACGGCAAGCCCAACCCCAAGUACUCCCUGAAGCCCGUUGUUCCUGAGCUCGAGAAGCUCCUCGGCAAGAAGGUCACCUUCGCCCCCGACUGCGUUGGUCCCGAGGUUGAGGAGAUCGUCAACAAGGCCGACAACGGUGAAGUUAUUCUCCUUGAGAACCUCCGCUUCCACAUUGAGGAGGAGGGCAAGGGCACCGAUGCCGAGGGCAACAAGGUCAAGGCCGACAAGGCCAAGGUUGAGGAGUUCCGCAAGAACCUCACCAAGCUCGGUGAUGUGUACAUCAACGAUGCUUUCGGCACUGCCCACCGCGCCCACUCCUCCAUGGUCGGCAUUGACCUCCCCGUCAAGGCCGCCGGUUUCCUCAUGAAGAAGGAGCUCCAGUACUUUGCCAAGGUUCUCGAGUCGCCCCAGCGCCCCUUCCUCUCCAUCCUCGGCGGUGCCAAGGUUUCCGACAAGAUCCAGCUGAUCGACAACCUGCUCGACAAGGUCAACACCCUCAUCGUCUGCGGUGGUAUGGCCUUCACCUUCAAGAAGACCCUCCAGAACAUGCCCAUCGGCAACUCGCUCUUCGAUGAGGCCGGCGCCAAGAUUGUCCCUGACCUUGUCAAGAAGGCCGAGAAGAACAACGUCAAGCUCGUGCUCCCCGUCGACUUCACCAUUGCCGACAAGUUCGACAAGGACGCCAACACUGGCUACGCCACAGACAAGGACGGCAUUCCCGACGGCUGGAUGGGUCUCGACUGCGGCGAGGAGUCGGUCAAGCUCUUCACCCAGGCCAUCAACGAGUCCCAGACCAUCCUCUGGAACGGCCCCGCCGGUGUCUUCGAGUUCGACAAGUUCGCCAAGGGCACCAAGGCCACCCUCGACGCUUGCGUCAAGGCUGCCGAGGAAGGCCGCACCGUCAUCAUUGGCGGUGGUGACACCGCUACCGUCGCUGCCAAGUACGGCGUUGAGGACAAGCUCAGCCACGUCUCCACUGGCGGUGGUGCUUCUCUUGAGCUCCUUGAGGGCAAGGCUCUCCCUGGUGUUGUUGCUCUUAGCGAGCGUCAGUAAGUUUGUCCUUGGCUUUCAAAGGAGUUGGGAAGGAGAUAUAAUGAUGUUAUGAAACCUCUCGGAUAUUGAAUGAGAGAUCAUGACUGAUGGAUCAAAAAAACAUAUGAUGAUAAAGGGUCCUUGGAAGGAUUAGCAGGGCCAGUCUAUGAUAGGCACUCAGUCCAAAGUCGAUAAAUAGAACAAAACAGUUAAAGUCCAGUUUUUAUGAUUCGAAGUGUGAUGUGCGGAUAAGCUUGACGAAUCUGGUUCAUCCCAAGAUAUUAUUCGAGUUUAUGCACCAAGUUCGAGACGAAGUCUAUGCAGAUCAUCUCAAUCCCGUGUUGAUACCCAAUGACUUGUGUCAAUGACUACACAAGUCGGUACGUCUCCGGAUAUUGUCUCUUUAUAGUCGGAGGGUCUCCUUCACCUUUCACUCGCAUAUCGAAGCCUCGCACAGCAAUGUCACCGCAAGAUCCCGGACUGAAACUUUGGUCAACAUUGUAUUGAUGCGCCUGUCCUCCCCUCAUAUCAUACUUUGUACAAGCUUCGAAAGUCCUCCGAUUACCGCUUCUUGGCAGCCUCAACCUUCUUGAGCUCCUC